AUGCAUAUUUUGCAGUCCUGCUGGAUCACGCAUGAUGCCGGAUGUGCUCUUCAUAAUCGGGUUGCAAGGAAACUCGCAAAACGUCUCCGUCAAUUGGGAUACACCGUCUUCGAGGAGUUGAGAGCACCUACUUCGACGUCCUUCAUCAAACCUUACCUAGUCGCUGUUCGAGAUCACCGUGCAACUGUAAUAGACAUCAGCAUAGGCUCGGAUGGGCCCGGAGUGACUGUGUGGAAUGAGAAGAAACAGAAAUAUGGUGCUGAUGAAUAUUCCAGUUCAGUUCUACGUGUAAUUGGUUGCGAUUUCGACUUUUUGGUCCAUCAACCGAUGAUCAUCUCUUAUCGAGGGAUCUGCUUUCCUCAAUACGCCAAGGCUGUUCUUGGACUGGGGCUUCUUAAUAUCACAGUCAGUGUCUUGUGUUUGCUUGCCACUGUGGGCUCUCCACAGACAGCAGUGCUGACGGUCGUAACCCGAUUUCUCGAUCAAGUGGAAGGUGCGGACGUCGGCCGUAACUUGGAUGAGGUUUCUGGACACGGUCGGAAAGGGAACAUAAAGCUUGUCAAGUCACAUGAACUGAUAUCUGGUCGAGAUCAACGAAAAGGUAUCAGCACCACCAACGAAGAAAAUGCGAAGAGCUAG